CUUAAACUACUCUUUCAGCAUCACACUACCUGUGUGAUUCUGUGCCAGUAGACCUUCUCCAUAAGCCUGUUUAAGAUCUCCUGGGACAUGCGGACCUCCAAGCUCUUGUCCUUCACCUUCCUCCUCGGCAUCUCCAUGCUGGUGGUCCACCAUAAGCUGCUGGGCGGACCUAGACGAGCGCCCCCCCCGAGGAACGUCACCGUCCUGCUGUGGCACUGGCCCUUCGGACGCUCCUACAGCCUCCGGGGGGACGUGUGCUGGGACUCUUACGGCAUUCCUCGCUGCGUCCUCACCGACAACACUUCCCUGUUCGCCUCCGCCGACGUGGUGGUCUUCCACCACCACGAGCUGCGCACUGGCCGCUCCGCCCUGCCCCUCGGACUCCCGCGCCGGCCCUCGCAGCGCUGGGUCUGGCUCUCGCUGGAGCCGCCCGCCAUCAACGGAGAUCUGAGCCCCUACAACGGUCUGUUCAACUGGACCAUGAGCUACCGCCGCGACGCUGAUAUAUUCAUGCCCUACGGCAAGACAGUCCGACUGAACAACACCGGCAGCUAUGUGAUCCCAAAGAAGAGCUCCUGCCUGGGUAGCUGGGUAGUGAGUAACUACAAGUCUGACCAUGUUAGGUCCAGACUGUACCAGGACUUGAGGAAGUUGAUCCCUAUUGAGGUCUACGGCCGCUGGCAAAACAAACCCCUAGCAGGACAGAACCUGUUACCCACCAUCGGACGCUGUCACUUCUACCUGGCGUUUGAGAACUCGAUAGCCACAGACUACAUCAGUGAGAAGCUGUGGAGGAACGCCCUCCAGGCAGGGGCUGUCCCGGUGGUGCUGGGCCCCCCUCGAGCAACCUACGAGGCCCUGGCCCCCCCUGGCUCCUUCAUCCAUGUGAAUGACUUCAAAAGCACUGCAGAGCUGGCUAGCUACCUACAGCACCUGGCAUCAGACAGGAAGGCCUAUCAGGCUUUCUUCAAGUGGCACCAGACCCACGGCAUUAAGACCUACACGGACUGGAGAGAAAGGCUGUGCAACAUCUGCGGGAACUACGAGCCGCCUGCCAUGAAGGUUUACCACGAUCUGGAAAGCUGGGCCAGCAGUUAACACCUGCUUCUGUAAUCCAAGUUCUUAUGCAUAUUAUGUGUGGUUUCAAGCCC